AUGGAGAGCAAUAAGGGCCCAAGAAGCAUUUGCACGUAAUUUAUUACACUUCCCAAUGAAAGCAAGAAGCCACCAUCUUUGAUCCCGUCUGCUCUCUCUAUCUCUCCGUCAUUGAAUCAAUUAUUCAUUUUAAUCUUUAAUUAUUUCCCAUUUCCCAUCUUCACCAACCCCUUUUUUCCUUUCUACAUAUACUUACAGAUUCUGUAUGUAUUCAACAACUUUGAUCAUCUUCAAUUUCUACAUGUACAUAAAAAUACACACAUAAAAGCUCAGAGAUCAUGUCUGUGAAUCUCCAAUCUAUAUCAGAAGCGACCUCAGGAGCCAUUGGAGCUUUGGUUAGUACAACUAUUUUGUACCCUCUUGAUACUUGUAAGGCCAAGUACCAGGCUGAGGUUAGAGAACAGGGUCAUCAGAGAUACAGGAACCUUUCUGAUGUUCUUUUAGAAGCAAUAUCAAAAGGUCAGGUUCUUUCGUUGUAUCAAGGCCUUGGAACAAAGAACCUGCAGUCAUUCAUCGCACAGUUUGUAUAUUUUUAUGGAUAUAGUUACUUCAAGAAAUUAUAUCUGAAAAAGAGUGGUUCCAAAUACAUUGGCACCAAAGCAAACCUACUUAUAGCAGCUGCUGCUGGGUCAUGUACUGCCCUUAUAACUCAACCUCUGGAUACCGCAUCCUCGAGAAUGCAAACGAGCUCCUUUGGGAAAUCGAAAGGACUAUGGUUAACCCUAACUGGAGGGAGUUGGAGUGAAGCAUUUGAUGGCCUUGGCAUCUCUCUUCUUUUGACUUCCAAUCCUGCAAUUCAGUACACAGUAUUUGAUCAGAUGAAACAGAAGGCGAUAAGGAAACAAGUUAAAACUCAAAAUGGAUCAUCCUCCGAAUCCCUUUCGGCCUUCUCUGCUUUUAUGAUAGGUGCAAUCUCAAAGAGCAUUGCAACUGUAUUAACUUAUCCAGCUAUCAGGACUAAGGUAAUGAUUCAGGCUGCAGAUCCGGAUGAGGAUGCCAAUGGGAAUGGUAAAACAAAAUCCCGCAAAACAAUAUCUGGUGUUAUAUAUUCUAUAUGGAAAAAAGAGGGCUUGCUAGGAUUUUUCAAGGGGUUGCAUGCACAGAUUCUGAAGACUGUGUUAAGCUCAGCACUACUAUUGAUGAUUAAAGAGAAAGUUGCAGCAACAACUUGGGUCCUUAUACUUGCCAUUCGAAGGUAUCUUGUGGUCAGUGCAGGUAGAAUAAAAAAAGCUUAAAACUGAAGUGAAGGUUGAUGAGAACUGUACUUUAUGGUCAGUGUAAAUGCUUGCCUCGCAAACAAGGGAGUAUAAGAUUAUGUGUUUCGUAAUUAGCUUCAUAAGAGGUCUAGACAGAGAAACAAAAUAAUCUGGAGCAAUAGAAAGCAGAACAGACAGACUGAGUUGAUCACUUGAAGUUUAAUUACUUCAUACGUCUCACAGUGUAUGAUAGAUAAAAUUCUACAGUGAUUAGAUCAGAAUUCAUGUUGGAGUUGAUUUGUUUAGAGUAAAGUUCUUAUUACUGAACUAUACAGGUUAAUGUCUUCAUAAAUCUGUCAUUUAAAAGUUUUUCUGUUAUAUAGAAGGUAUUGAAUUUGGGCUACUGGAAUCACUGGUCAACUGGUAGCAUAAUGUGUUGGAAUUUUUGUCCAAUAAAGACUCUGGCAAGUGCAAAUGCUGAGUAUUUUUUUAA